GCUCGGGCCCGCCCCCCGACGGGCGGUGGGUAUAUAGGGUGCGGCGGGCGGCUGUCGGGCCACUUCUCCCCCGGAUUCCUUGGUAAUCUGUCAGUGGGAGGUCCUUGUUCCCGGUCCCUUGCAUUUUUCAGCCCCGCCGAGCCCUACAAGUCUCAGCUAUGCGUGAGUGCAUCUCCGUCCAUGUUGGCCAGGCUGGUGUCCAGAUCGGCAAUGCCUGCUGGGAGCUCUACUGCCUGGAACACGGCAUCCAGCCCGAUGGCCAGAUGCCAAGUGACAAGACCAUUGGCGGGGGAGAUGACUCCUUCAACACCUUCUUCAGUGAGACGGGCGCUGGCAAGCAUGUGCCCAGGGCAGUGUUUGUAGACCUGGAACCCACAGUCAUCGAUGAAGUUCGAAAUGGCACCUACCGCCAGCUCUUCCACCCUGAGCAGCUGAUCACAGGCAAGGAAGAUGCUGCCAAUAACUAUGCCCGUGGACACUACACCAUUGGCAAGGAGAUCAUUGACCUGGUCCUGGACCGAAUUCGGAAACUGGCUGACCAGUGCACAGGCCUUCAGGGCUUCUUGGUUUUCCACAGCUUUGGUGGGGGAACUGGUUCUGGGUUCACCUCCCUGCUGAUGGAACGUCUCUCCGUCGAUUAUGGCAAGAAGUCCAAGCUGGAGUUCUCCAUUUACCCGGCCCCCCAGGUCUCCACAGCUGUAGUUGAGCCCUACAACUCCAUCCUCACCACCCACACCACCCUGGAGCACUCUGACUGUGCCUUCAUGGUUGACAACGAGGCCAUCUAUGACAUCUGUCGUAGAAACCUCGAUAUUGAGCGCCCAACCUACACUAACCUUAACCGCCUUAUUAGCCAGAUUGUGUCCUCCAUCACUGCAUCCCUCAGGUUUGAUGGAGCCCUGAAUGUCGAUCUGACUGAAUUCCAGACCAACCUGGUGCCCUAUCCCCGCAUCCACUUCCCUCUGGCCACAUAUGCCCCCGUCAUCUCUGCUGAGAAAGCCUACCAUGAGCAGCUUACUGUAGCAGAAAUCACCAAUGCGUGCUUUGAGCCAGCCAACCAGAUGGUGAAAUGUGACCCUCGCCAUGGUAAAUACAUGGCUUGCUGCCUGUUGUACCGUGGUGACGUGGUCCCCAAAGAUGUCAAUGCUGCCAUUGCCACCAUCAAGACCAAGCGCAGCAUCCAGUUUGUGGACUGGUGCCCCACUGGCUUCAAAGUUGGCAUUAACUACCAGCCUCCCACUGUGGUCCCUGGUGGAGACCUGGCCAAAGUACAGCGAGCUGUGUGCAUGCUGAGCAACACCACAGCUAUUGCUGAGGCCUGGGCUCGCCUGGACCACAAGUUUGACCUGAUGUAUGCCAAGCGUGCCUUUGUCCACUGGUACGUGGGUGAGGGCAUGGAGGAAGGAGAGUUUUCUGAGGCCCGUGAGGACAUGGCUGCCCUUGAGAAGGAUUAUGAGGAGGUUGGAGCAGACAGUAUUGAGGGAGAGGAUGAGGGUGAGGAGUACUAACCUGUCAGCUUCGAUGUUACACUCCAGUGUCUUGAGAUUGUCUUAUUUCUGUUCUGUGAAGUCUGUUGUGUCCUAAACUUUGCAAUAAAGUUGUUUUCAUUUUGAA